CAUGACCGUCCAUGGAGACCACGACGCCGGCUUCAGCUAUCCCACCUCCAUCAUCACCGUGACAUGCGAAUUCGCUGUGACGAUCGCCUUCGCGGUCGUGAUCCCGUGCUACUACAUGUGGUACGACUUCCCUCCCGAGUUCUCCGUCCAGCUCCGGCCCGAUGGCAUCGGCCCAAACGGCCCGGCCGCCGCCUCCAUCUCAAGCGAAAACGCCUUCAACGUCACCCUGCGCGCCGACAACCGGCGUGCUACAGAAAGGUGCUACCGCGAAGGCGAGGCGGUGGUAACCUACGCCGGCUUCACCGUCGGCGCGUCGACCCGCACGCCGGACUUCUGCGUGCCACGGAAACAAGCGCGGGAGGUUCCGUUCCGUGUGGCGUGGGAUUGGGUCGACGGCGUCGGCCCGGAGCACCUGCGUGACCGCUUCGCCGCGGCCGAGAAAGUCGGCGCCGUGGAACUCGAGGUCCAGCUGAGACUGGUCCAGGGAGACGACAAGCCAGUGUGGAUGUGGUGCAAGGUGACGAUGGGUACGGCGGGAGCGCGAGACAGCCCCUGCUCGGUGUUCGGUUUGCAGAAUUGGUUGUCGGACUGGCCUAGGGCUAUGAUGCAUCUGAUGCAGUAGUACAGGCUUCUUCAGCGAAUUAUCCAAGAUUACCGCUCAAUCCGUUCCUAAAUACUUGUCACAAUUUUAGUACAAACUUGCACCACAUGUCGCUAUUUAGGAACGGAAGGAGUAAUUAAUAGCGGUUCCUUUUAACUGGCACAACUGACAGGAUAAUUUUGUAUGUCGCCCGUGCAUCUGAUCUUUUAUUAUGUUCCUCUA